AUGUCAUCAUCAUCAUCCUUUUUGCCGAAAUCUUCUGAUCUCCAUCUCAGAGAGAGAAAAAAGAAUUUUGAUGUUGAUGAGUUGGAGCUUGCAACAGAUGAACCCUUCAAUGAAGAGAAAGACACGAAAAGUGCGAACUUAAGUAAAGCACAAACUCUGCGAAAAAAGAUAGGACAAUUUGGCGAUAAACUAGCACCCACCUUACUUACUUUGCUAGCAUUUUAUGUCCGCUUUUCGGGAAUUGGAAAGAACCCAGGCGUAGUUUGGGAUGAAGCGCAUUUUGGAAAGUUUGGCUCUUACUACAUCAAGAAUGAAUUUUAUCAUGACGUACAUCCUCCUUUAGGUAAAAUGUUGAUAGGACUCAGCGAAUACUUAGCCGGGUUUAAUGGGGAUUUUGAUUUCUCUUCUGGUGCUACUUAUCCUGAUCAUUGUAACUUUGUAUUCAUGAGAAGGUUCAAUGCGGUUUUCGGAGCACUGUGCACACCUGUUGUCUACUUCACCGCGAGAAAUAUGGGAUUCAGCUUAUUGACAACAUACCUCUUAACUCUGAUGGUUACGCUCGAGCUCACGUAUGUUACUUUAUCUAAGUUCAUCCUAUUGGACUCGAUGCUUCUAUUCUUUACUGCUGUGACUUUCUACUGUGUAACGAAGCUUCAUACCCUGAGGACACAGCAAUUCACUCGCGAAUGGUCUUUAUGGAUGCUUUUGUCUGGUUUAUCGGUCGGCUGCGUUUGUUCUGUGAAAUGGGUCGGACUCUUCAUCACCUUGGUCAUGGGAAUCUACACAAUUGCAGAUUUAUUUUCUCAUCAUUGCAAUAAGUCAAUGCCCCGUAUUCAAUAUUACAGACACUGGGUCAUUAGAAUAAUUGAUCUUAUAAUAAUCCCUUUUAUGGUCUACUUGUUUUGUUUUAAGAUUCAUUUUGCAAUUCUCCACAAGUCGGGCACGGGAGACGCAUCUACAAAUACUCUUUUUCAAGUGAACCUAGAUGGUACUAACAUCGAGAUGGGGCCUCGCGAUGUUCAUUAUGGAUCGCAUGUCACGAUUAGAUCUCAUGGUUUAAGUCCUAACCUUCUGCACUCACACGCGCAAAGUUAUCCAGUAGGUUCAGGUCAGCGUCAAAUAACUGGGUAUGGUCACUCAGACGAUAACAACAUAUGGGUUGUGCAGUUUUCAAGAGGUUCAGGCCUUGAAGUUGAUGACCAAGGGCUUCUGAAUAAUGAGAGCUUUCCUUUGACAGACUUUUCCGAAAUAAGACUAGUUCACAAGAACACAGAAUCUAACUUACACUCCCAUGACAUCCCAUCCCACGUUUCAAAGGGUAACUUCGAGGUAUCAGGCUAUGGAGAUAAAAUAAUUGGAGACUCAAAGGAUGAUUGGAUUGUGGAAAUUGUUGAACAGCUCGAUUCGGCUAACAAGAGUUACCAUGAGGAGGAUCCAAACCUAGUGCACCCUAUUUCAACCAGUUUUAGACUACGGCAUAAAGAAUUAGGGUGCUACCUUGCCACAACAGGCUUAGCAUAUCCUUCAUGGGGAUUUAAGCAGGCAGAGAUUGUUUGCAAAAAUUCUUGGAGUAAACGAGAUAAAUCAACGUGGUGGAAUAUUGAGGAUCAUUGGAACACAAAUUUAGAUCUUGACGAGGGUUAUGUUCCUCCAAAAUCUAAGUUUUGGGCGGAUUUUAUUUUGACAAAUUUUGCUAUGGCAUCUUCGAAUAAUGCUCUCGUUCCAGAUGAAGAUAAGUACGAUAACUUAGCGAGCGAGGCUUGGGAGUGGCCAACCCUUCAUGUUGGCUUAAGAAUGUGUGGCUGGUCGAAUUUUACUGUCAGAUACUUUUUGUUAGGCUCUCCGUUCAACACAUGGCUGUCUUCUCUUUCACUUAUAAUUUUCAUUUUCAUCAUCUCAGUCAAGGCAUACAAAUGGAAAAGGCAGACAUUGAAUUUGUCUGAGGAUGAUUUUUGGACAAUUUUUAUCCAAGGAAUUUUACCAAUGAUUUCAUGGGUAUUUCAUUAUGUUCCAUUCGUGCUAAUGGGGAGAGUAACAUAUGUGCAUCAUUACGUCCCUGCUCUCUACUUCGCAAUAUUAGUCUUUGGAUUUGUGCUCGAAUCGCUAUUUUCGAAGAGAGCCGCCUAUGUGAGGUACCCAGCAUACAUGUUCCUGUUUGGAGGAUGCAUUUACGUUUACAUUUUGUUUGCACCAAUUGCUCAAGGUAUGACAGGUACGGGUGCUGACUAUAAAUACUUGGUAUGGCUUCCUUCAUGGAAAAUAGUCUGA